UGUUACUAGUAGAAUUGCUAUUAUUUGCAGUAUAGGUCAAAGUCUUUUGGCAAAGCGAAAACAGUUUUGGGCAUACCUAUAUAUUUGAUACAGCAUUGAUUUAGGUGCUUAUUUGGCGUUAUCAACUUAAAAAACACUACUAAUAUCUCGAAUCGCGGAAACGCGAAUUUUGGAUUCGGAAAAAUACAUUUUCUGCCAAGAAACAUUACUGAUUUCUUUCUCGAUCGAAAACCAAGUACAAUAUUAAUAAAUACAACCUGUAAGUUUCAGCUGUGUGGAAUAUCUAAUCAGAAUUAUAUCACUAAUCUACUAAUUAUGUAUCGCCUUGAAAAUAACAUAAUAACAACGGACCAUGACCCUUUGGAUGAGAAGUACGUAGGUGGUCUUGGAUGUUAUUGUUUCAAUUUUAUGAAGAAGAACGGAGACAAAAUUGCACAGAUAAACGUAGCAACAGACGAACAAGAAACCUAUAACACCCUUUUACUCAAAAGCAUAAGGACAGGAAUUGCCUUACGAAAAAUGGGAAUAAAAAAAGGUGACUUGGUAACGUUCUUUUCUAAGAGAAAUUUAAAUUCGUGCGUCCCAAUGAUUGCUAGUUUUCUAAUAGGAGCAAUACCGUCAUACAUAGACACGACUUUUCCCUUAUUUGACAUUGUUCACUUUAUGAAGACUAUUAAUCCGAAACUGUUUCUCGUAACUCCGGAUUUCUUAGAGACAAUUAAGAGUCUUAUCGGUGAGGAGCAGCAAAAUACGAGCACAGUUGCUUUUACUGAAGAUUUUUUUACACCAGUGGAAGAAGAGGCAAAAUUCAUGCCAAUUUUCGUAGAUGACUUACAAGAAACGGCUAUUAUUCAUUUUAGCAGUGGUAGUACAGGUUAUCCCAAGGGCAUAUACAUAAACCAUUAUAGUUUGGUUUGCAACAAAGCCUUCUCUUUUGAAAACCUGUGGAUCGAAAACCAACCCAAAGUUGUACUUACUUUCGAUUCUCUGCACUGGAGUAUUGAAUCUUUACGUCUAUUAUGUUCGAUUAAGGAAGGUGUUUGCAGACUGAUAGUUCCAGAUGAAGAUGAUAUGAAAAAGGCAUGGUUUUUUCUAGAUAAAUAUAAAGUAAAUCUGGCGUAUCUAAUUCCUUGGACGUUAGUAAAUAUGUUUGAAAAUGGAAAACCCAACAAUAUGGACUUUAGAGAUUUAACCACAAUUUAUAUAGAAGGAUCCCUUCUGCCUGCAAAAUAUCAUCAAGGUCUUCAGAAAAUCUUACCGAAUGUAGAUAUUUUUCAUUGGUAUGGACAGUCGGAGGCAGGAGGACUCACCACAUUUAGAAAGAAUGACUUGCACAGAGAAUACAAUAGAACAAAACCAGGAUGCGUCGGAACACCUAUUCUAGGUUUUGGUAUGUCUUUGAAAGUGGUUGACUUAGAAAGCGGAGAAGCAGUUGGGCCUAAUAAACCAGGAGAGCUUCGCGUUAAAAGUCGAGCUUUAAUGAAUGGUUAUCAUAAUUUAGACAGUUCUGAUCAGUUUGAUGAUGACGGUUGGAUAAAAACUGGAGACAUGGUAUAUUAUGACGAAGAUUUUUGUUUUUUCAUCGUCGAUAGAAUUAAGGAUCUGAUUCUGUUCCAAGGUUUGCAUAUUGUGCCAGCUUUGGUAGAGGCAGAACUCUUAACUCAUCCCGCUGUGAAGUUUGCGGUAGUGGUUGGUGUUCCUGAUGAUAAAGAUACUGAACAUGCCUUGGGUUUGGUUGCUCUAUAUGAUAAUUUUAGUUCUGUAACAUCAGGAGAAAUAGAAAAAUACGUAGAAGAAAGAGUUCCCGAUAAGUAUCGAUUAAGGGGAGGUGUAAAGAUGAUAAAAGAAUCUUAUCUAAAAUCCACGAAUAAGAUAAAGAGGUUUAAGUUAAAACAAUUAGUUUUAUUUGGUGAAAUUUGAGCUAUUUUAAAAAAUAAACAAUAACAAAUAAAAUAAGUGACUGGGACAGGUUAUUUUAUGAUACUAGAAUAUAAAUAGGUCUUUAUGUAGAAUUCUCAUAUUGAUUAAGA